AUGUUCCCGUACGGCGCUCCGCGUCCGCGGCCGUUGCGCAAUAACGGCGGCGCACCGCCCAUGAUUCUGUACUCGCCGCCGCCACCGUAUGGUGGCAUCGGAUACGGCCCGUUCGGGGGGCCUAUACACCUUCCGCCGCCGUACGCCGCUGCCCUGCCGUACCCGCCGUACUACGGCGGACCCGCCGGCUUCGGCAACACAGCCCCAAUGCACGCCGUCCACGCUGUGCAGGUGCAGCUGCAGUCGGUGACGGCGGCCAACUUCGCCGCGGAGCUAGACAUAAUCGGCUCCUUGCUUCCGAGCUACCCCUACGUCGUCGUCGACACAGAAUACCCCGGCACCGUGCACCGCCCACCCGCGGGGCGCCGUGACGGCGACCUCAGCCCCGACGAGCGGUACGCGUUGGUGAAGGCGAACGUGGACGAGCUCCCCAUCGUGCAGCUCGGGGUCACGCUCUGCGACGCCCACGGCAACCUACCCUGCGUCCCUGACUACCGCUACGGCUACUACCACGGCUACGCCGAGCGCGCCUGGGAGGUGGACUUCUCGGACUUCGACGUCGGCCGCGACCGCCACGCGGCGCAGUCCGUGGCGUUCCUCCGGUCGCAGGGAGUCGACUUCGACGCGGCGCGCGCACACGGCGUCAGCUCGGCGGCGUUCGGCGCGAAGCUCGCCGAGAUCCUGACGUCGGCGCCGCGCGGGGCCGGCGACGUCGAGCUGACGUGGGUGGCCUUCGGCGGCGCCUACGACCUGGCCUACCUCGUCAAGAUGCUCGACGGCGGGCAGCCACUGCCGGAGACGAGGCAGGGGUUCGUGGCGCGGGUCAGGGAACUCCUCGGCGGACGGGUGUUCGACGCCAAGUUCAUGGCGGAGAACUGCGGCCGCGCGGACCUGCGCGACGUCGGCCUCAGAAGCGUCGCCGCCAACCUCGGCGCGGCGAUGCCCGCGGAAGACCUGCCGUGGCUCGCCGGCACGAAGAGCGUCACCGCCUACCGCAUACAUACGAUCUUGAGAUUGCACGUCCUCUCGCAGGACACUGCCGCUGGCUUCGAGGGAAUAAUCGACGGACUACAGUGA